UGACUCAAGCACGUCCACUGGAUCACCGUCCCUUUUCCCUCUUGCUCUAGGGUUUUCCAUCUGCCAUGGCUACUCCCGCCGCCGCCGCCGUGACGCUCGCGGGCAAGGGCGCCGUGCUCACCCCCGCCGCCGUCUACGCGCUCUCCGUCGGCCUCGCCGACCCCGUCAUCGACGCCUCCGCGCUCCAGAGGCUCUCCAGCCGCGCCCCCUCCCCGCAGGAGACCCCUGGAUCGCUCCGGGACCUGGAUUUGGCGCCGCACGAGUCCCGCGCGGCCGCGGCGGUGCUUCUCAACAAGCUCCUCCUGACGGCGAAUGACUCCUCCUCCGCGCUCGUCACCGCCGCGACGGCCAACGCCCUCGCCGGGUCGCUCGAGCUCGCAGCGGCGCUGCCACCCGCCACCCGCGACGAGGCCGCCGUCGCCGCGGCGUCCGCGCCGGUGGCCGUCGCCUUCGCCGCAUUGAUCGACUGCUGCGCCACCCCUCUUGCCCGUGUCGCCGACGCCCUCGCGGCGCUGUCAUGUGAGGCCGCGCGGGGGGGCGCCACGGCGUUCGACGUGCCCGCGUCCGGCGACGGCCUCUCCGACAAGGACGAGGCUGAUGUGGGCGCUGAUAUCAAGAUGCUCUUAUUGGGGUCCAAGCUAGUGGGCAACGGUGGAGACGCCUCUGCGGCCAUGUUUGCCAAGGUGCCUGCUGUCAACGGAGCUCUCCGCGAGUCUGUGCGCGCACUGCACAAGAAGGUGAGGGUUGAGCUUAAUGCUCCAGUGAAGCUGGGGAAGAGGGAUGCUAGUGGAACGGGUGAGGGGAAGGAGGAGGCGUUGGUGGUACUGGCGACACAGCUUGCAAGGUCGUUGAAUGCAAUGUGCAAACAGAGCGUCGCUCGCGCAAGGUUCUGUGCAGGGAGCAUUGCUGAGGCCGAGCUCCGGGAGAAGCUUGCCGGUGGCGUUAAUGUUGAUGAUUUGAAGGGGAUGCUCGAUAAAGUUAUGGUUGAUUCAGAUGCGGUGUCGGUAUUGCGGGAGGUGUACAACUACUUGCUCAAGUUUAGGGACUUCCUUGCAUGGGAGGCAGCUGUCGCGAUGGCUGUGAUUGAAAUGGACAGUUCAAUUGAGAAGCCUCAAGCUGGUGGGAAGAAUGAAGCUGGCAGUUCAGCGGAGAAGGCACAAGCUGGUGGGGAGAAAGUGAAGGGUGACAGGAAAAGCAAGAAGAAAACGUUGGGGAAGGGAACUUCUGCUGUACUCGCUCUGCUUAGGGAGCAUGCUACAGAUGGAAAAGCCGUUGCUUGUGUGAAUUCUGCGUUGAUUGCAGAUUGGGGAAUUGAGCUGUCUCUGUUGUUUGAUCCUAAGUGCCCCAAAUUGGACUCCCUUGUGGAGAAAGUCAAGGAGAUUGUGGAGAGCAAUGAAGUAGGAAGAUUGCCUAAAAUUCCCAAGGGAACACGUGACUUUGGGAGAGAGCAAAUGGCCAUAAGGGAGCGCGCGUUUUCAAUAAUUACAAGUGUAUUUAAGAUGCACGGUGGUGUUGCACUUGAUACCCCUGUAUUCGAGUUGAGAGAAACCUUGAUGGGCAAAUAUGGUGAAGACUCCAAGUUGGUAUAUGACCUUGCUGAUCAGGGUGGUGAGCUUUGUUCGUUGCGCUAUGAUCUGACUGUUCCAUUUGCCCGUUAUGUUGCCAUGAAUAACAUAAGUGCCAUCAAGAGAUACCAGAUAGCCAAAGUAUACAGGAGAGAUAACCCUUCAAAGGGAAGAUAUCGAGAAUUCUACCAGUGUGACUUCGACAUUGCCGGAGUAUAUGAGCCUAUGGAACCAGAUUUCGAGGUUGUCAAAGUUUUGACUGAAUUACUGGAUAAGUUGGAUAUUGGCGUCUAUGAGAUAAAGUUAAAUCACAGAAAGUUACUUGAUGGAAUGUUGGAGAUCUGUGGUGUGCCUGCUGAGAAAUUCAGAACAGUUUGCUCAAGUAUUGACAAGCUAGACAAACUAACCUUUGAAGAGGUGAAAAAAGAACUGGUGGAAGAGAAAGGUGUAUCAAAUGAAACCGCUGAAAAUAUUGGCAGUUUAGUGAAGACAAAAGGACCUCCACUAGAAGUUUUGCUAGAGUUGCGAAAGGAGGGCAGCAAGUUCAUGGAGAACGAGGGGUCUGUUGUUGCAUUAAAUGAGCUGGAGAUAUUAUUCAAAGCUCUAGAAAAAGCGAAUGCCCUUGACAGGAUAAGUUUUGAUUUAAGCCUUGCUAGAGGCCUUGAUUACUACACUGGUGUGAUAUAUGAAGCUGUGUUCAAGGGCGUCACACAGGUUGGCUCUAUUGCUGCUGGUGGCAGGUACGACAAGCUUGUCGGCAUGUUCAGCAACAAGCAAGUCCCUGCUGUUGGCGUCAGCCUUGGAAUAGAAAGAGUUUUUGCUAUCAUGGAGCAACAGGAGAAAGAAAAGAACCAGGUGAUCCGGGCCACCGAGACGGAGGUUUUGGUGUCGAUUCUGGGCAAGGACCUCAUAUUGGCCGCCGAGCUUGUGAACGAGCUGUGGAGUGCUGGGAUAAAGGCAGAGUUCAAGCUCACCACCAGGGUGCAGAACCACAUAAAGUAUGCGACGCAGACAGGCAUCCCGUGGAUGGUGCUGGUCGGCGAGUCCGAGUUGAGGGACGGGAAGGUGAAACUGAAGGACAUUAGGGCUAACCAGGAAGAGGAGGUUCCAAGGAAAGAUUUCGUUGAGGUGCUGAAGCAGAGAUUAUCUAACCCUUAGAGAUGAAAUCUUCGAAAGAUGUAGAAUGUGUGUGACUGGGCGAUACAUCGUUGUUGGUUUUCUUGUGCAUCCAUUUUGCUGAUGCUGAGAUGUGUACACAAGACGGUGCGGCUCCUUGAUUUAAUACUGAUGAUCACAAAUUGUUUGAACUGUUGCCUUGUAUGUUGAGUGCUUGGUGGAAUGAAAUCCCUGAAUUCCAAACUUACA